GACCGCUCGCUCAGCUUGUUCGGCGUUCGGCGUCGUUAGCGUGUGCACGCGCGCCGCGUGUGCUGGUUGUGUCGGCAAGCUGCAGCAAGCAACCGCCGCCGCGGCCGGUUUUGCUCGUGUGCCUGUGCUCGACUUCGGCGACGUCAACGCGACAUUCUUCUCCGUCGUGUGGUUUUCGCUUCUCUUUUUUUAGUGGAGGCCCUAUUACUAUAACAAACUCGACGUUCUUCUUCGUCUGUUGAUCUCCUAGACGGAAGAAAGAAACGAGGAACGAAAGAAACAAGAACCGGAGGCUGCCGUGUUUUGUGAAAGUGUUUGGAAGACAGAAAAGAGUUUUGACAAACCCGACGACGGAACGUUUACCGCGUGGCGCUGGAAACGACUUCCGAAGUUGUCGUUCCACGUUGACGUCGCUAAAACACAGCCCCACACCGAAGAAGAAGAGUCGGAGCGCAGCGGCGUAAGACCAACGUCAAGCCGUCAUUUUAACCCCCGCCCCCUUUUUUGUGUGUUCCCCGCAUCCGGAUCGUUCAACACAACACACGGCUGGAGAACGUGAUCCUAUAGGCGCGAAGUCCGAGCGGCCCGCGCCACCUGCCGCCACCUGCCGGCCGUCUCAGGCCCUACACGAGGCUGCCGCGUGAAAUGUCAACGUGACGUCACCACCCAUUGCUAGGGAGGUCAUGGUGAGGUCUCGAGGCGAAGACACGGCGGCUCACGAAGAGGAUCCGCUGGGUGCUGAGGACUGGCCCGACGAGGCGCGCCAGCCCGACCGGAAGAGGCCCAGGGCGGACUCCAGAUCUUCCAGCAACCUGGCGAACGACAUCUCGGAUGGCGCUCGCUCUGAUUCGUCCUCGUCCCAGGGGGGCGGGGCGACGAGCGACUCGCCUCCUCCUCCGCCCACAGACGGCGCCACUCGACGAAGGCCGCCCCCGAGCGCCGCCGGUGCUGCCCCUACCGGCGGCAGGCGGCGGCGCAGCGCCCUUUCGGCCAGGGAACGCAACCUGCGACGCCUCGAGAGCAACGAGCGAGAGCGCAUGCGCAUGCAUUCACUCAACGACGCCUUCCAGGCACUGCGCGAGGUCAUCCCUCACGUGGCCAUGGAGCGCAAGCUGUCCAAGAUCGAGACGCUCACGCUGGCCAAGAACUACAUCAUGGCGCUCACGAACGUCAUCUGCGACAUACGCGGCGACCCCAAGCCGUACCAGUUCUGCCCUGCCGAGUUACCGCUACACGACGACGAGGAGGACGACAUCGACGAAGACGACCUCAAAGAGGACGACCUGUCUGUGAGCGACGGUGGCGCCCCCUGAGCGCCCCUUCCGCAUCGCCGCCUUUGCCGCGGCAGCCAACCACCACCAGUCAUCGCAAACCAAGCCGCCGUCACCGCCUCCAAGCCAAAAGAAAGCCAAGACAAGCCACCGCGGGACAUGCUUUCGAAUAAGGGUGUCACGUGACGUCAAGUGGGUUGUACUUUGGCGCGACGGCGGCCAAUCAGACAGCGUCACUCUCGUUCUUUUCCUGCAGUAGGCAAAUCUCGCUAUGCAUCGUUUCACCGCUGCUGUGCCGCCCUCUGUUGAGGAUGCGCACAAAACGUGGUGCGCCAUAUUGUUUUGGGGGCGCUCAGUCUGGUUUCCCUGGCGGCAAAACUCUGGAAACACCCCCGGUCCGUUCCGUAUUGGCGUGCUUUUGUCGUGUCAUCUGUAUCUCCAUGAGUUUUGCAGACGACAAAUUCGCACCUUUGAGCACACCGUGUCGAAAUACGUGCGUAAACGCUGAAGAUGUCUCGCUUGCGAAACUGUGACCGCGUAAUCGGCGGCUUGAUCGCAAGGAGCCGCAAUGAUGUCAGUGAUGAUCCCGCAUACUCGCUGUGGUUUACAUUAGGACGAGCAUCGCUAAUACUCGGGACUUUUAGAGAUGUGUCUGUCUAUACACUUCAUUUGAAAGGACAUUCCAUUUUUCUUGCUUCGUAAAAAGUGUGAAAAAAUGCCGGGAAAACUUCAUGUCGUAGGGAUGUCCCGGAUGAAAAUUGUUGGCAUACUGAACUAUGUGCUUCGUCAGUCAAUGCCGUUGACUAAGCGGUUGAAAAAAAGUCAUUUCAGGCCCGUGUCUAAGGGUCAUCAGUGCAUUUUUUCUUACGCAGCAGCGGUGUUUCAUAACGCGGUCAGAAGUGCUCGACUCAACAUUCAUUUGAGAUCCGAACUUUCUAGCUUCACUAUAUUUAUUAUCGCGUGAGAUGUUUACACUGGGAACAUGGUGAACGAAUCUAAUGUAUCGAUCAUAUCUGCAUCUUUUUUAAAUUUCCUAUCAGCGGCGUUUGUAGGGCAGAAUGAAAAUCUGCGAAGGCCGAAACCAGUUUAUCUUUCACGCUGGACGCAAACGCCCUGCGGUUUUUUUUGUUUUGUUUCUUUCCUUCUUGAUAAGAUACUGAUCGCACAAUCGCAACCUUUUUCAUAGUUACCGAUAAGUGUAUCUGAGCGUGUGAGUGUAGCAAUCUUUUUGUUGUUGUGGACUGAAUGUUUUCUUUAGUUAUCUUAGCGGGGAAGAUUGCAGCUAUCACGUUUUACGGAAGCACCAGAUCGUUCUAGUUACUUUUGUCGAAGAAUGUAUCCAGUGACGUAAGCUUGGGUGCUGAUUAACGACGCGAUCGAAUGUAUCUGAACAAGCAGCAGGAGUCGAGAAAGCGUUCUUGCGUGUACAUAACAGCUAGACCUUACAUUACACUUCCUUGUAUGUUAUCACCUCCAACACGAGAUCUUUAUCUGUUUCGCGGGACUGGGCCGCGUGUGUUUAUCUCGGAGGCUCAACAUUUCAUGGUGCCAACUUAUAUGUACUUUUUCUUUAAAAGUAUGCGUCGAGAAAACAGAAGAUCCCUCCUUUUACUGCUUUCAUUUCAUUCCACCGCGUUUAAAGGCCAUACUGAUAUUUUUUAAAUAUUUUUUCUGAACCUGCCUGAACAAUCAGCUUAACGAAGUGAUCGCACAAUUUCAGGAGCAUGGGUCCAAAAGUAGCCGUAGCCGAUAUAAUCACGCCGACGAAGACGUGUGCAAACUUACACAAAGAUGAGCUUGCCUCAUUAGAUUUGUUGCUGUACAGGAAGCUUCCUACAGCUAGCGUCACUUUAGAGCUUCGUAUAAGUGUCGCUAGGGGAGAAUUCUGGCGCUAAUGUUCGUUAAGUGUCUGCUGUUCACAGUGACUUCAACCUGUGAGUGCGUUAUAGGCGCUUUGAGACUUUGAAACUCAUCUUCGUGAGCAAACCGUAGCGCCGUAGACACAUUUUGCAGUGAUUGCGUGUGAUGUCACAGUAUCUUAUUGCUUUGUGUAUUUAGAAAAUCAUGAUUGCUCGGAAUUUUUCCUCUCGUAUAACUUUUCUUCCCUGACCUGUCGCUCGCUAAAAAAGAUCCCGCGUAGUGUUUAAUUAAAUUCUAUCAAGUUGUACUGAAAGCACCAAAAAUCCGAUAGGGUAUUUAGAAAUGAUUUAUGUAAAGUAGUUGUUGAUUUCUAAACCACAGGGCGUGAUCCUCAACUGGACUUCAACAAAAAGUCUGUUGACAAUAAUAUAAACUCAAAAGCACGUUUGUUGGACAAUAGCGCGUGAUAUUUCAUUAGUUUUCAACAAAAAACCUAUUGACACCAAUACAAACUCUGUGGCAUGUUUAUUUAAUGACAUCUACCUAGCUGGUCGGUAGCAUCAUCACAAGGCCUUGAGCACACUUAUAACAGUCUACGUAAAGGCAUGUUGAUACGUGAACGACACCAGCGCCGGAGACCCCACUAGCAUUUUUUUUUUCCCCUUGUACGAAAUUCUAACGCCUGCUGUAAGCGGACGUUGCCACAUCGACCCCACAGGGACGAGCGCUCAUUGCUCGAUUGUGGCAGCGUCGUCGCUUCUUCAGUUUCGAAUCGAUGCGUUCGAUCGCGCCAUCGAUGCGCCACGAUCGUGUCGACGAGGCAAACAACUCUUUCCUCCUCUCCACAAAAACAAUUCUCGCGUUUAUUUUGUUUUUUCCGUAGCGUCGUGUACCGGUUCCUUUGGACAACGUACACGAGACUUGAAAAAAAAGAUGUUAUUUUUGUACUCGAUAGAAGUCAAGAAAAAAAAAAAGCACUGUACAGUUAGUUUUUCCUUUGCCGUUGUGUACAAGACCAUUUCUCCGAGCAAAGGGCGGCACAAGAAAUAUUGCAGUUAUCGACGCUCGCAGCGCCCCCUACGCUUGACUCGGAAACAAGUGUCGCGCGCAAUUUUUUUUUCUUAUCUCAUUACUCCUGUGUCAUUUCACAUCACUGCGUUUAGUGAGUGUGAGAGAAUUACAAAAGCGACAAUUGCUUUUGCAUCCGAUGUCAUAUCACUGUGCAAGGCACGACCGUUCUUGUUUUCUUGCCUUGCAUUGUUGUUGUUUUUUUUAUUCCUUCGGCGUCUCCUUCUUCGAAGAGUGUCGUACAUCGUUCGCAGGGGUGUUUCCAGAGGCCGACAGAAAACAAUUUAAGUGCGCAGUGCGGGUGUCGUCUUUUUUUUUUUUUUUUUUAGUGACCAUGGCUGAUUCCCUUUUUUUUUUAAACGUUGAUGGAGAACUUUCAGGUCCAGUAAGGUUUAAGAAGGGGGCUGCUUCCUUUAUUAGUUGUCUGAAAUUAUUGUUUUAUUCCUAUUUUUUUAUAUCUAUAAACUGACUCUUGCGUCGCUUCAUUCCGUAAGUUGCCUUGCCGCAUGUCGACUGUCAUGAAUAACAUUCUCUUGAUUGUCGUGUCGGGGUCGGCAGUGAUGUUCUUUGACUGCUAUUUUGUAGUUGCGAUUAAUGUAAAGAUCACAGAACGUUUGACCGUAUGUGUAAUGUGUCUGAGAUGAUGACGAUGUUCUCUGUGCCAAUGAUGUUUGAGAUAUUGUCGCGCUGUUUUUGGAGGGAACAAAAUGGGGCGGAUGCAGUUACGUUAAGUAAGAUUGCGCACGAGAGAGUAGCAGAACUUUCUGUGCAAAUGGCGCCGACAAAUGACCAACUACUAAGGAGAAAGAGGCUUUAGAUCCCUAACAGGUAGUCGUGUGAGAGUGUUGCAGAUAAGUUGGCGAUAGUUAUCUUAUCGCAGCUCAUUGCAAUAUUACGUUAUGGAAGUGCGCCCGACACCCCUUAGACUUCAAUAUGGCUGACACUUUCUGGAGCUGACCUGUGUGAUAGAAACUCACUUUUCGGCAAUUAGUGGCUCGAGUCACUUUCAACAGCCUGCGCCACUGACCGCAGCCAAGCGUCGCAUUGACGUGUGGCUGUUAGGCAUGGGGCACGCAUGUUAGGCUUGGCGCACGCAUGUUAGGCUUAGACGAACGACCUUCCACACUGGACCUCGGCGGACAGCUAAGUUUUGUGAUGACGUCACCGUUCUUAGACAUCCGCACUGCGCGCCUUUGGUGCUGCGCGCCGCUUGUUCUCUGCGCAUACAGCGUGCGCAGAGUGCAUCGCUAUCUGUCUCUCUUUUGCCAUCACAGUCGCCGAAACGUCAGCGCAGCGGCCGAGCUGCUGACGUCAUCACUCUCUGUCGACAACUCAAAAUCUCUGCGAGCCAAUCGGAUGUCAUACCACGGGCUGACUGACAAUCGGCGCCACAUAGGGGGCGCUGCGCACGCUCCCACGUGCGCGGCCUUCCCCGCCCGGAAGUGACGUCAGCGAAGGGACUGCGUGUUGUUAGUUCCUGUGGUCUCGCAAGCAUUUUUCUUGCUCUUGUUUUUGUUCUUUUGGUUCUUGUCUCGUUUUUUUUUCCAACGCGCGUUCAGCCUGGUGUGCUCGUGUGCAAUUGUCUCAGGUUUGCGUCGUGCAGUGUUAAAUGUGCGUGUUGUGUAUUACUGUACUAUUACGACUCUUAUUGUGUGAAAGCUGUGACUAUGCAAGUUUAGCUUUGCCGCUCUCCCCACCUCCUCCUUAGCUCCCCCUAUCCUUCCCCAAAAACCCGAUCUUUCCUCGCACCCUUUCCUCCUUCUUCUCUUCCCUCCUCUCUCAAUCCCUCCAGUCAGUCGUCCAUACUCUCGCUUAUGCAGGCGUCCAAGGGGCCGAACAUAUACUGUACUUAUAGUCGUCGCAGUGUUGUGUACCAGUAUCGAAUCUUGGGCAGCGAGCGUUGCUUUUGCUAUCGCCUAAUAUCGGGGUGCUUCUCUCCCAUCCGGAAAACGAGAUCCUGCGAACAGCGGCGGUGACAUCAGGACUCGGCAACGAGUCUUCUGCAUGAGGUACCUCAUCACGAACACGGUGUACUUACCGUACACGACAUUCCAAGAACAUGUUACGGCAUUCCAACAUGCUGGGUUACAGGAAGUCUACGGUCGAGACGUUCGGUGUGAUUAACCACCACGCAUAGUUUCGGAUUCAUCGUGUCGUCCUCCGGACGUUAGACGUGUAAAGCCGCGACUUCUCUGGCUGUACUCUUUCAGGGUAAAGGCGCGUCGCAAAGUGGUCGGUCGUGGCUUGUACCUUCAGGUGCAUCUUAGGAGCGUUAGCGAGAUUCGUGGAGGAAAUCUUGGCGCACCUAGCGGUGCGGCAGUCUCUGCACAAAGCCCUGAAAGUGAGCUGUACCUGAGGGCUUAGUUGAAUAUUCAGGUCAGAGAUGGCGUCGUUCAUCAUGGUCUUCACUCGAACCUGUUCACUCUCGGUCCGAUCGGCUAGGAUCUUAAGCGUGAGAGCACGAAUGUGAUAAGAAGGCCGAUGUCUGUGUUGUCACACAGAUUUCGUACUAAGGCUGGUUCAGAACAGUUAGUGAGUGCACUGUAUUCGUACAUGUUCAGAGUUGCGUAGACAGUUAAGGUUGGCGAAUCACUGGGAAGGAGGAGUCCGGCUUUGCUGCCUCUAGGCAGCGGAAAGAAAGGCGAUCUUUGCGUGAAAGAUGUGACGAAAGCUUGUUACGUAACUAUGCUGAAAACCUCUCAGGUCAGCGCUGUUUCCCUUCGAGAACCAACAGCUUUUCGCCCUAAGAGACACGUUUUCGAUCACGUGAUCUUCAUCAGACACCUCCCCACACUCUCCACUUUCCAAGGCCCGAUGUAUUCGGACCUGUUCCUUCUGACGUCACUUUCGUUCCCACAUUCGCCCUACGUAUAUAAAAAAAAGAGAAGGGUACCUGCUAAACCUCCGUACGUUACGACCAUCGCUCACGCGGGAUAGCUCUCGCGCAUGCGCACUUGUGACGACAGUCUCGUCGUGUCGCCGCUUGCAGACAUCCUGCUACGUGGGCAACAUGCCCUUUUGCAAUUCGCAUAACGCUGUCUACGUAGUGUAAGACUUUCUGUAUUCGUUAUUACGAUUCCCUCAUUUCCCUCAAAUUCUGUCAGUUUUCAGUCCGGUUAGUACAUGAAACAGGAACAAUACUUUAUUCGUAGAACGGAACCAUAUCGCAGAACGAUGUUGCCUAGCGCCAUCUCGCGCAGAUCCAGAGCCAAGCCCUGCUAAAAGAUAUAUCAUACAAAUGUAUUCCCCGCCACAUGUAGCAGAUGUGCAGUACACCCUGUAAUCCCAUUCCUCUCUAAAUGUAAUUAAUCACUGUGUCAAUCAUCAGUCAUGUGAUCUCCCAGGGAUUCUUACAAAGCAAGCUCUUCUAGGAGCUCAGUUACUGGUAAUCCCUUUGUUUUGCGUUUCACAUUGCCGGAAUGGUUUAGCUGGGCUGGUGACCGUUCAGUAAACAUAGAAGGGCAUGCGACUUUGCUUACUGGUUCCAGGACUCAUUAAGGAUAUCUGUCUUCUAGAAGAGGGAGCACAGGCGCUAGGUAUUUUUGUUGUUGUUUACUGCUCGAAACAUUCCAUCUGUUGAUACUCACGCGGGUGCAUACUCCUUGUGGAAAAGUGUUCUCUUGAAAUCAGAUUGUCGCAAUGUGGACGUAGAAGAGCUCCGGAAUGAAAGGAUAAGCCGAAGGCAGAUAUCUUUCUGAGUAGCAGCGACUCGCGAAAGUUCAUCGCAUCGACAUCGACAAUAAAAUGUCUGCGUUUCGGGGCAUAGCGAUCAUUCAGAGAUAAGCGCGGGUAAUGGAACAUCCGCCAUGUCAACUCGACUGGCUGUCACUCACUUUCACCACAUUGAUUGAUUGAUUGAUUGAUUGAUUGAUUGAUUGAUUGAUUGAUUGAUUGAUUGAUUGAUUGAUUGAUUGAUUGAUUGAUUGAUUGAUUGAUUGAUUGAAAAUGGCAGCAACAUCCUCGCCGCCAACUUUUUCACAUUUGUUCUCCACACAACAUACGACACACAUCCAGGGAUGGAAGAAUAGUGCCACAGGCCGCCUGCAAAAAAGUUCCCUGCACAUAUCCUUGUUACGAUAAAAAGCCUUCUAACGCGCUUUACUCAGUCAAUCGAGCUAAAAACGCCAAAGCCCACAAGCCUACUAUGCGGAUCCUUAUCUAGAAAUUCUCUUAUGCGAAAUGUGCAUUUUCAAAAUGUCAUUAAAUACAGCGUGAUUAACUUUAUGCAUAUGCUCUCCCUAAAGCUUACAAUCAAGUCCGACUAUCCUUUUUUUAUUAUAUUUUCAUAACUAUUGUAUUCAACUACAUUCUAGUUAAGGUGAGGCAAAUGUCGCAGAAUAUACAUCGGCAACUCUUCUUUGCUUUCCAGGUUCAGUGUCGAAAGAACUAUCAAGAAGGCUGCAUUAACUAUUAUGUGUGUGUAUUCUUUAAGACGUUCGUGGUGAUGUUGCCUUAUUUUAAUUUCGCGUUUCAUUGUCCUCAAGCUCAAACCGCAGUUGUUCACUAUUAUUAUUGACUUUGGGUAUAGCUUCACUUAUCUACCAGUAUCUCUCCACUAUUACCAACGUCGCAUUUAAGAUUUCCUUAUGAUAAUAAGGUAGGCGGGCGCCCCAUUGUUGCCUAGAGUCUGCUGUUGAUUCCCCGGGGCUCCUUGGCUAACUAUUAUUCAGCGGCGCACAGACGCUACACCUGCAAUGCACAUUCAAAACAACCGAUCGACUAGGGGUAAUUGUCUUGCACGAUGGUCGAAUAAGGAGAAAGGUUAGAGAUACAAGACAAGGCACCAUAAAUCAACGAAGCCAAUCUGUGUGUCGGCUGGCGCCUACAAACCGAAGCAGACAUAAUCCAUAUACGCUUGUGCAGACUAAUGAGUAGCUUUAACCAUUUUCUGUUAAUAUAAGUUAGCAUUGAAAGACUGGCAUGCGUAAGAAGCGUUGCGUUACAGGUUAAGGAUGAGUCUAUGCAUGUCCAUAGAAGGGAAAACAGCGCGAAUUUUUGGACGAACCCUGACAAAAGGGAGACAGACGACGACAGGCGCUGCAUGUCGGCGUGUUUGGAAGUUCUCCCGAAAGCUACUCAUUGUUGCGUACAAAGCGCGUCGUACGCUAGUGACAAAAAGAAAAAAAGUGCAUUCAACAAUCACGUGGCACCUUUUUUUUCGCAUAGUCGUUAUCUUAGGCUACGUAGUCUCCGAGUGUACAAUCAGAGCCGCGUUGUACGGUGUAUAGUUUCGUUUUCUUAGGUUAUUAGGUUUAGAGACGGCGCGGUAGGCGCUUGUCAGGCGAGCUGUCAAACCACAACGUUACAUCUAUUUAUCCAGUACAACAUUGUGUGCAGACGUUUUGUAGCGUCAGUCACUCGCGGCGAGGAUGGCUUGCCUCGACGCAUCACACAAUUUGACGUCGCGGCGUUCGCCGAGACGCCCGAGGCGACGCGAAAACACGGUUUACCGAAGGACCAAGCUUUACACGAACGAAAAGAAAAAAAAGGAACAAACCGCCUGACGACUAUCGUUUUAUCUUUUAGUAUAGCUUCUUUAUUUGCUUCUUUAUUCGAUGAUAGAGUUACCUCCGCGGAAGAUACGUAGAAAAUCGUGGGAGCCACUAUAAACGUGGUCGUCGGAAAGGCUUGCGUCCAAUUCUCCAGAUAAGGCUAAUCACUAAAAGACCAAUCACUAUGUCUCUAUAUACGCUGGCGUCUGUCAAUCGCUUCUGACAGUCUUGAAGUGUGUCCUUCAACGUUCGUUGUACACGGUAUGCAUAGGCGUGCGGAAGGUUCUCUAUUAGGGGGAGGGGGGAAGCAAGGUUUCACAGCAGCGCCAUGCCCCCCCCCCUUCCCCCCACCCUAUUGGAAGGGUCCGAAAGAAAAGCCUCUCAAUGGAUGCAAACAUGAGAAUGAAGAAUGACGUGUUGCUCACAACGGCCUGCCAUUGGUCCCCGACUUUCCAGGGGGUAUAAAGGCGGGAAGUAAACCGUUCUUGGAACGCAGCAUCAGGGGUUCGUCGGGAAUGUCGAAAAUUUGCGUGACCAUAACCCUCCACAUUAGUCAAUGAUGGUACAGGUGCGCCUGAGUAAAGACAUGAGGUUGACUUGGCGCCUUCGUUACGUGAUGAGAACGGAGGCGCCCCUCCCCCUCUCUCUUCCCCUGUGCGCACGCCUAUGCCGGUAUGCUUGACGAGUAAGCCAAUCAACGUAGUCACAUUUCAGCCCAGAACCUAGUGUCCAUACCCCCUCAGUGCUUUUCUCGGUGGCAAUUCCUUACAAUCGUACGCUCUAUGUCGAUAUCCACGCGGACUACAUCCUGGAAAGCUCGGUAUCUUCGUUAGCUCGGUCAGUGCAACUAUCAGCGGGUGUCGCUCGGUGUCCCUCUCCGCUAAGUGCCCGUAUAUCUGCCAUGUUGUUUAAACUACGAUGUAUCUUUGGCAAUCAGCAUAUCACGGCAAACGAUCAAUGCGCGAGUAAAAAAAAAAAAACUGUACAUUCCGCCUUCGUGUGACCGACUCGCCGUAUUUACCCGAUAUCUACCCGAAUUCUACACGUGUUGAUGUUCUUUCGGCGGUUGUAGCCGUAGCGUGUUUCAUUGCUCGUAGUCACUUCGAUGCAUUGUAGCUAACCGUGCUGACAAAAGCUUCGUGAAUGCAAGAGUCGUCGUACAGACGUAGUAUCAGUCGUAACGUUCUCAUAACCUGAACAGGUUUGUCGCUUCUCGCUGAAACGAUUCUGUUGACCCGAAAGCCCUGACAGCUGCGUUGUGACUUCACUAACCUCAUACUAUUUAAUCAAUUUCCGUAAGGAAAGUCUAUGGGUUUCUUUAUAUAUUUUUAAUUUAAAUCUGUAAAAUAUCUGCUGGCAGUGAGCUAAAGCCAGCUGUGUUGCGAAAUUGCUAGCGAUUUACUUUCAAUAUUUGCCACGGGCUGAUGGCCUUUCACGUUGAACGGUGCGAUCGUCAUCCUCAUUUGCCAAAAAAAAAGAAGAAAGGGAUAAACUUCAGAACUGGCGACGUUUGUGGACAGUUACCGUGACCGAGGGUUGUGUUUCUUGUUUUCUAGUUAUGUGCAUUACUGAUGACAAACAAAUAUUUGUUAGAAGGUAGUUGAGUUGACUCGACUGCGCUCUUAUUCAGGUUCUAGGUAAAUUGCCACCUAUAACCAGGAAGCUAGACGAAAGGAACUAGUCUCCUGGCUAUAUCCACCACUUUACUGCAGGGCACGAAUAAGAUUACAUAAAUGAACAGGUUAUAACAUUUACCUGUGAACUCGCUCGCUGUACUGCGGUUAGGGCGCACGUGUGAGAUCUGAUAUCGAGAGACAUAACCACUCACCCUUGUGUAUCAGCGUUGAAUGUUGUCAGGAUCAAAACGUGAGAGUUCAGUAAUCGAUAACCUCAAAGACGACCGCCAAUCCUCAUUGCUGCCUACUACUCGGGGUCCUUCCAAGUGACGUCACGCGGUGUAAAUUUCCGGCACGUAGCCUCCUCCUUCUCUUCCUCCUUGAAGAUGCCAGUGGCGUGUGUGUAUGCUUCCCAAUACGUCGACGGCGCGUGACGAAACGCCGCGAUAACCCUCGUACGCGUGAAUGAAGGAGUAGCCGCUUGCUUGUCUAUCCAACAGGCAUCGUGGCGCCAUCUAGGGCUCGUUGUCUUCUUCCUCCUCAGUGCUGCAGGUGGUGUAUGUGCUUCCCAAUGUGUCCACGGUGUGACCAAAAAACGACACCCUGUUUGUCGUACACGGAAACGAAGUCUAAAAAAGGAGUAGCCGCAUGUUCGUCUAACUAGCAGGCUCUUUAAGUCAGCUAGUUGUGUUCUUCUCUCCUCAACGGUGCAAGUGGUCCGCAUUUUCGUCGACGAUGGGACGAAAACGUCAUGUUGUUUAUUGUACGCGUGAGUGAAGUCGGGAGAGGAGUAGCCACACGCUCCUCUAACCAGCAGGCUCGUUGAGUCAUCUAGUGGUCGUUGUGUGUGCUCUCUCCUGAAUGAUGCAGUGUACGCGCCGAUUGGUAGACGACGUGACGCUAACGUCACGCCGUCUUCCAUAAGCGACCGAAGUCGGCAGAGGAGUAGCUGCAUGCUCGUCCAUACCGGCAGGCUCGUUGCGUCAGCUAUUGCUAGUUGUGUGUUCUCUCUCCCGAACGGUGCAAGUGGUGUGCGCAUGCGUGCCGGUUUGUAGACAAAGUGACGAGAACGUUACGCGAUCUCUCGUACACGUGAGUGACGUCGAAAGAGGAGUAGCCGCACGUCUGUCUAUACCGGCAGGCUCGUUGCGUCAGCUAGUGGUCGUUCUGUGUUCUCUCUUUCCGGAAUGGUGUAAGGGGUGUGCGUAUGCGUGCCGAUCUGUAGACGGCGUGACGUUUGUGUCACGUGACUGAAGUCCGAAGAGUAGCGGUACGCUCGUCUAACCAGCAGGCCUGUUGCGCCAGCUAGUGCUCGUUGUGUAAAGACCUUCGAAAGGAUUUUGCUGCUCUUGUCUCAGCGCCUCGUCGUUGUCGUUGUCGCUGUCACCAUGUUCGAUGCUGUGCGGUUUUGUGUCGUUUGCCGAGCGCUGGCGACGACAACCGUGAAUGUGACUCCGAAUUACGUAAACCACUGUACCAGCCGAAGUGUGUGACUAACUGGGCGCGGUUUUUUUUUUUUUCAGACGCAGCUUUCGCUUGUCUCAGGCUUGAUCAGUUGGACCGUGCUUCUGGAGAUGUAUAUCUUUAAAACUGUAUCAUUUCUUUUUUUUUUUCCUUAAGGAACAUGUAGCAGCUGGUGGUGACAUUUUCUAGCACACUUGUCGCAUAGUGCUUCGUAGUUUGACGACAUAGCAAAAAAUUGUGUUCUUGUUAAUAACAAGCGUUGACCUACUGUACGUGCUUGCUUCUAGCUCAGAAUUCGUCUGCGAGUUUCGCAACUGAAACUGACGACAUCAAUGUGCGUCACAGAGUAGUCACUCCUUUGUCCCUUUUUUUUCUUUUUUUCACGGCAUGAAUUUCGUGCCAGAAACAAGCAGUAACUUGACAAAGAAGCUUUUUUUCUCGCUAAACAAGCGUCAACAAGUGUUAACGGAAUCUACAGCGCGGUCCACUGUUAAAGGGAACACUCGAACGAUCACCUUCCAUAUUGCUAGCCUCCUAACUGCUAGUGGAUGAGGAAAAAUUGUUUGUGCACGCCACUAUUCUGUCAAAAGGAGUCCGAACUGCCAACCGCCAGUAGUUUUAUGCGGAUGUAAGCCCUUAUGCUUCUGCGAGAGAGCGAAAUCCGGCCAUGCCCCGCACGCAAGUGUUCCCUUUAACAGUGGACCAGUCUGUACGUACCUUAGGUGUGCAUGUAGGCAACCGUCAACUAGAGCUAACUAUUGUUUCACUAGAUGUUACCCUGUUUGCGAAAAUAUAUCACGUGGUAUCGCCGAAACACUUGUAUUCAGUGGUCCCGACCUUGUCAACAAGCGUCAGCUGCGUUCGAAACGGGCCCGCUGCUGUAGAUCCUUUUUUUUUGCUGCGGACUGUGAAUGUGAUUACCCGGAGGUCAUUGCGCUGGUUGUUCAUGUACGCAACUGUACGUACGUUCACGUGUUCAUACGCAUUUUUUUUUUUGUUUCAUCCGAAUCACCGCUUCUUACUGAAAGUGCGGUGUCUGGAGAUUCAUUUACUCGACGAACUGCCUGUCUGUGUUCUAGCUCCACAACGAUCCUUGUAAGAGUCCAGGACUGGGCAGCGAACUGUUCCACGCACGGUUUUUUUUCCAUGAGCGAUAAACAAAACGUCGUUUAUGACGAUAGCCAUUUCUUCUGCGUUCUCGCGGUUUGUAGAGAGUUUUAGCUGACCGGAAACCCCCGACUUAGUGUGCGGCCCCGAGCAACAGGCGUCAAACGCGUGCGCAAAGUGUCUGUCAAUGGGUCUUCCGCGUGCGCAGUCACCUCGACACUAUAGCGUACAUUACUCUGUAACCGCUUUCGCAAUCAUCUAUGCCACUCUCUUAUUUGUCAAGCUCUUAGGUGCAGUGGCGUACAGUUUCGCGUUUUGUACGCCGGUGCUUCAAAAAACCUCACAGCGAGUUUUAGGGAACCUAAUUACAGGAAAGGAGGUACGUAAGACACCUGUUGUAUGACGUCACAAAUAUCCAGCAGGGAGACGCUCGAUACGUCGUUAACGUUCUUUAGUCAAGUAUGAUGCUUAGCUCAAGGUGUCGUGCGAUUCAUGAGAUAGCCACGCCUCCCGAAAACUGCCUAUUAUGUAGUCAUCAGAGAUGUGGCAGCAAAUUCCUUUAAUUGGGUUUUCCCUCCGAAGCCACGUGCUAAAGGCGAAUCUGAGCGCCUAAUAAUUCAUGAACUCAAAUUGCUCUGCGAUGUCCUUAUUAAAGUGUAGUUGAUAUGCCUCGGAAAGUUACGUUGCUCUAAAACUUCCUAAUAAGCACUAGCACACUAUACUUGAGGGAUUAUACAUCCUGUAAAGUUCGUAUAUGACUCUUUCGUAAAUGUACCCCGAAAUCCCGAAAUACGUGUUCUGCACUGAACUGGUACUAUUGCUCGGGUGGUGUGCUCGGGACGCCGUAUAUUAGAGAGUUUUAGUGCACCGCAAACACGCAAUCACAGCAAAAUCCUGUCUCAUCAGGAGCUGGUAACUGUGUACCAUUGAAAUGGAUUCGUUAAUUCACUUCCCUUAAUUUCAGGGUUACGUUUUUAUGGGCAGCACACUAAAAAUCCCUAAUACUUCAUCUUGUUUUUUUUAAGAAGUGGGAACUUUGCAAUGCAGCAAUGGAUAUGUUAAUUCACUCCCAGUCAUGUCCACUUCCUAUAUCCUAGUAUACGUAGAGUUAUUACGGGCGGCUCACUCAAGCUGCCUGAAAUUCUAGUGGUUUUUAUUUUUUUUUUAACCUAGAUCUGGGCGUCACAUGCUACCUGGACCCAUGCUUGCAAUUCACUGGCCGUGUUCAGUUGUUAGAUUGCAGUCACGUAAAGUUUUCAUGUGGGGCACUCUAAAGCUCCCUAAAUCCUACCGUCUUUAUUCCUUAAAUUGCAUUAAGGUAAAGUUUUGAUCCGCGGUGCACCAAAACUCCCUAACGUCCCAGCGUUCCGUAUACGCUUACCGAAAUAUUGCAAACUCCGCGCACGCUGUAACCAGCACGCGAAUUUCCCUCUCGAGGUGAUGCCCUGAAGUCGAGGCAGCUCAUCGUGCUCUGCAGAUGUUCCGAUUGUUUUGUGCGGCAUUGGCUUUAGAAUACAUACGCCUCCAGCUGUCACUUUAGAGGUCGCCUACCUGCUGUGAGAACACAUGUUCCGCGCGCAAGGACGGAAUGAAUGCGGCUACCACCGAGUGGCACGUGCAUUGCUGAGGCUUUGUCCACGUCGACGCAGGUGUUUCAAUGAUUUCUUUUGCUUUGCUCCCUUUCCUUUCCCUUCCCUUCCUUCUUCUUUCUUUCUUUCUUUCUUUCUUUCUUUCUUUCUUUCUUUCUUUCUUUCUUUCUUUCUUUCUUUCUUUCUUUCUUUCUUUCUUAUUACGACCUUCUACAGAGGACGUCGGCUUGCUCGAAGUGCUCUCAAAGUUCGUUCACUCGUUUGUCGAGGGCACCGUUAUUAACGCGAUAACGUUAAGGAGCUCGUUUCGCGGAAAUUCUGGUGUCGGCGUCGCCGUCGUUGGUUGUGAGCGCAAAAUCAGCGUGUCUCUUCUGUCUCCUGUCUUUCUGAAUAUCUCUUUUUUUUUCUUUCAAGCGCUGCUUUCGACGCUUUGUUCAAAGCUGAUUUGCGUGUAAGGACAAUUUUCUUCAACUUUGUUUUUUUUUUCAUUCUGCAGUUUUUUUAAGCGUCAGUGGAUCCUAUCGCAUAGCGAGACUAGUGUUUCUAGUUUGUUUUGUUUGUUUUUUUUUUCAAGCUGUUUUUGCCAAAUAGGCGGGGGCGUUCAUCAUAAAGGUCCGGCGUUUUACGACGCCUUUAUGACGUCAUUUUACACCUCCAGAGGGAGAUACUUCCUACAGUACUUCCGUUACCUGACCUUUUAGCACUUCCGGGCGCCGACAAGCGAUGUCCUUUUCCGGAUGACAUGAUAAAUUGCAGGUCACAGAGUGCAUUGAUCUUAGGAUGCGCUCACGUAUGAUAGGACAAUUAAAGCAGUAUUUUAUGCACUAGACUUUCGUCUUUAAAGGUUCAAUUCUCUAAGCGACAUUCACGAAGGAAAUAAAACACAAAAUCAAGCUGUAUCAGAAUUCCGAACGAGACCUUCUAAAAGAAAAAUCAAACAUUGCUUUAACGUGCCGACCUAUUCUAUCUAUCUAUCUAUCUAUCUAUCUAUCUAUCUAUCUAUCUAUCUAUCUAUCUAUCUAUCUAUCUACUAUCUAUCUAUCUAUCUAUCUAUCUAUCUAUCUAUCUAUCUAUCUAUCUAUCUAUCUAUCUAUCUAUAUCUAUCUAUCUAUCUAUCUAUCUAUCCGCUUCACAGCAAUUUUCCAACGCCUACGCUUUUUUGCGUGGCUCAUUCGUAGCGCUUUUAUAGAACCUUAAUCGUGCCGAACGCCUCUUACAAGGUUAGGCUGAUAAGAUGCGAGCUGACGCGAACCUCAAGUCAUUUCCGUUGUUCGUUUAGCCCUUGCAUCUAGAUCUGCCGCCUAAUCGCUCAGAACCACUAAUUCUACGCUUUCUGGCACGCAGCAAAACCUGCCCCAAAGAUUACCCACUCGAAUGAAUAACGCUUAGAUUGUAACGCAUGGUUUGUGGAUGAUGUAUACGUUUCGUUUUUCUUCGGUUUAUCUUUUACUUUUCCACGCCAUAAAGUUUGCCUUCGUUUUGCUCAUUAGAUAAGGCGAUCGCUUUUCUACACAGCUUAUCUCAAAGUGCGUGCGCGAAGCCACGCAAUGCAACGUUGCCAGAUCCCUGACACAGCAGUAAAUGCAUCAGCGAUUUCUCAAGAUGACGCAUGCAAAAAAAAAAAAAAAGAGCUACGCAGGACGCGCACAAGUUUGACUCGGCAUGCUCACCAAAACCACUCCCUCGUUCUACUAGAAGACGUAUUCCACAUUGUUCGGCGACAAUAGAACAAAAAUCUCGGUGUAAGCUAGCCUCACUUCUUCACCUGCACUUUUUGUCACAUGUGCGACAAAUGUAAGGACUGUUGUGCUCUCCCAAGGGUCAUUGUUGUUCGCGAGUUUCGGUCCAACGCAAAGAACGGUCAAGCUCGAGAAAAGGAAGGAAAAAGCCAGAACUGCUGCACAUUCGCCGGGAGAAGAUUCAUGAACAAGUUGCGCAGUGCGCGUCUGGAGAGCUAGUUUGGUUGCAACAAAGAAAAGGAGACCUCUUUACCGCAAUUCCCGCAUGUUUAGAUACGAAAUGGGGCGCUUAAAUGUCGCCUUUGUUGCGCGCGACAGAUGGGAAAGAGAAACUCAAACAGGCUUGGCGCAUGCGCGCGACAGGGAGCACAAAAUAGAUUUGACUUACCAAGGUGCACGUUGAUGACAACCAGAAAUAUCUUUUGGUGGCUGCGUUGGAGACAUUUAUUCUUGAUGCAUUGUCUACAGUCUGUAGACUCAUCUUGUUUCCAGUGAAGUCUUGAGGUCGUCUACGUAGACACAUCCUGUAGACUAGUGACCAUAUACUUUAUUGUCGAAUAUUGCCUCUAGGCUGGCUCAGAAAUGUGCGCAGAAUGACUGCGAACAAUGGUACAACGUCGAAAGCACACUUGUUAUUGCGACGGUCAGUUAUACAUGGCAUAGUUUUUGCGAAGUCAGAAUGGUUGGUAGGAAGUCUACAGAACGUCUACAGGAUAUCUCAACUGUCUUGAUGGAAGUUUUGGGGUCAUUAAGACACUGCUACUGGAGUUACGUUCACUGUAACCUGCUUUACGUGUUGACACACAUUAUAGCGCAUGCCUGGUCUGUUUCUGCAAAAAUAGCCGACAUUUUAGUGACACACGAUGACAUACUACGUCUUGCAAACAGCUUUUAUACGUUGUAACACCUAGUCCGUACGAAUGCGGUUUUAUAAGGCAAUUCAGUUGCCGAUGUAAAACCUAUAGUCCGCGGCCUAUUCCGUUUAACGGCGCCUCAUUCGCUGCCCAGUCCUUCGACUGUGUCCUUAUCUCUCCGUAUUACUUCAGAGACAUGACCUUGAGCUUGUUGCAUAACAGAUAACGACCGCUGUGUUCGCGUUCUCGACUAUGGUUUGGCCUUAAGCGAGAGAUAAGAUAUGUACGAUGCGAGUUGUUGCUUUCUGGCUGAGUUAGAACUUUGUUAUUUCUUUUACGUGCGAAUGAUUUAACUCUUAUAGGUGCAAAGUGUGCGUGCAGUGAGCUUUCGUGUUGUUGAUGUUGUUGUUGUUGUUGAUGAUGCUGCUGCUGAUGAUGCUAUUUGUUUGUUUACGUUGUCUGUUUGCUUGUUUACUUGUUUGUUUGUUUUUUAUAAGCGUAUGCAUUUUUAUUACGCGUUCACGUGAAAGAAGAAAAGAUGAACACAUGUCACCACCCCUCCACCAGCCCUCUUCCAUGAUCCCGCAAAACCCGCAAGUCUUUCCUUUUUUUUUUAUCCACUUCACACACAAGACAAACGAAAGUACAUAGAAUGAACGAAGAGAAAAAAAAGAUUAAAGAAAAACACACGAAAAAAAACAACAAAACAGUUGAAACGACUAGAAACACACAAGACAACAUUUGUUGAUAUGACGCAACCGCAGAGAGUAAUAUAUAUAUAUAUAUUUUCUAUGGGUCUGGUCCCAUUUGUUGACAUAUAUUUCUAUAGUGGUAAGACGGGCGUUCGUUCCACAAUCGUACCGGUAUAGUGUAUUAUAUAUAUAAUUCUAUAUAUAUAUAUACAUAUGUCUAUACAUGGAUAUAUAUAUAUAUAUACAACUACCUAUAUACAGAAUGCCGCAUAUGGACAUGCAGAAGAAAAAAAAAGACGUGUUGUUCCAGUUUCUUGGAAGAUAUUUGCUGUUGUCAAAUAAAAAUGUUUCGAAGCUCA